UCGCAGGAAGAUAAAGGUGGGGCCGGGAAAGGAAGCACUGUGGUCUGGUCUGAAAAACUUAGCUGGCGCUACUGUCUGGACUUGCAGCCCUGUUGCUCUACCAUGGCAGUUCCCGAGACCCGCCCCAACCACACUAUUUAUAUCAACAACCUCAAUGAGAAGAUCAAGAAAGAUGAGCUAAAGAAGUCCCUGUAUGCCAUCUUCUCCCAGUUUGGCCAGAUCCUGGAUAUCCUGGUGUCACGGAGCCUGAAGAUGAGGGGCCAGGCCUUUGUCAUCUUUAAGGAGGUCAGCAGCGCCACCAACGCUCUGCGCUCCAUGCAAGGAUUCCCCUUCUACGACAAGCCCAUGCGCAUCCAGUAUGCCAAGACUGACUCAGAUAUUAUUGCCAAGAUGAAGGGUACUUUUGUGGAGCGGGACCGCAAGCGGGAGAAGAGGAAGCCCAAGAGCCAGGAGACGCCAUCUGCCAAGAAGGCUGUGCAGGGUGGGGCAGCUGCUCCAGUAGUGGGAGCUGUCCAGGGCCCUGUCCCGGGCAUGCCACCAAUGACUCAGGCACCCCGCAUCAUGCACCACAUGCCUGGCCAGCCGCCCUACAUGCCGCCUCCUGGCAUGAUCCCGCCUCCAGGCCUUGCACCGGGCCAGAUUCCCCCUGGGGCCAUGCCCCCACAGCAGCUUAUGCCAGGGCAGAUGCCACCUGCCCAGCCUCUCUCGGAGAAUCCACCAAAUCACAUCCUGUUCCUCACCAACCUGCCUGAGGAGACCAACGAGCUCAUGUUGUCUAUGCUUUUCAACCAAUUCCCUGGCUUCAAGGAAGUCCGCCUGGUGCCUGGGCGGCAUGAUAUCGCCUUCGUGGAGUUUGACAAUGAGGUGCAAGCAGGAGCAGCUCGUGAUGCCCUGCAGGGCUUUAAGAUCACUCAGAACAACGCCAUGAAGAUCUCCUUUGCCAAGAAGUAGCACCUUAUCCCCAGGUCUGCCCCUGCCCUUGUUCUGCCCCUCUUUGGCUCUGUCCCUUAAGGUAAGUCCCCCUCUGGGGGCCUUCUUGGAGCCGUGUGUGAAUGCGUGGUCGCCACACAGCAUUGUACCCAGAGUCUGUCCCCAGACAUUGCACCUGGCGCUGUUAGGCUGGAAUUAAAGUGUUUUUUGAGGUGUGGUUUUUCACAAUCAUUUGUCUGUUUUAUUUCUUUGCCUUUCAUGGUUCCCUUCCCUCUAUAUCAUCACAUCCUGGGAUUUUGGACCUCUUGGCACUUUGAAAUUGGCAGCUUUGGGAAAAUACAUAAUAAGUGUAGUAGUACUGUUCAAACCCAAGCCACAGUUACUGCUUUGAUAAUUUUCUGUUUUGUCAGCUCAGUGGCGCAGCGCCUGCUUGGCACGCGCAAGGCCCUGAGUUCGAUUCCUGGUACUGGAAAACAACAAAACAAAAACUUUUUAUAUUUUGUCUCUAAUAGGAUAGGAAAUAGAAACCUAGAACGACCAUGUAUAGUUAGGUAGGUUGUGUACUGUAUAUGGAUGCCCCCUUUAAAGGAAACCUCAUUCUGACCAGGUACUGUUUCCUGCCAAGGUUCCAAGCCCACUCUUGGUCCUGUUUUACUUUUCAUUAAAGAGGAAUGUCAGUGUUAGAAGUGAUGAAGAUACACAGCAUCCAGUGCAGCUUUUCUCCCUGUAUGGGGUGAAGGAGAGAAGAAAGGGAGUGCCGUCUUCACUCAGUAAUUCAGUGUUAUUACAGAUAGUGAAGUGGAAACAUCUCACCUGCAUACUGGGACCUGCAGGCAUAGUGGCUGUGAUGUGUGGUCAGCCAAUCCUGGUUCCCACUCCGGAAACUCCAUUCUCUCACAGGCAGUUGAUAUCCCUCCUGAGCCUCAUUUUCUUCUGAAUAAAGAGGAAUGUCUCGGGGCCUGAGGCAGGAAGAUAGGCAUGAGUUCAAGGCCAGCCUGUGCUACAAAAUGAUACACUGUUUUAAAAAACUGCCGUGGAAAAAAGAAUGUCUCAGGCCGGGGAUUUAGCUCAGUGGUUCCGCCGCCUGCCUUGCAAACGCAAAGACCCGAGUUCGAUCCCCAGUACCAAAAAAAGAAAAAGAAAAAAAAAAAAGGUCUCUGUUGAUGCCAUGACGAGCUUUGCAUAUUCUCCCUCCGCAUACACACACACACUACCAGGCGCUUGGAAAGCACUUAAAUUUCAGCAUAUUUGCUGAGUACUUAUUAGGUGCUAAAUACUGUUUUAGGGAUAGGGUGUGUAAGGGUGAAUAAAAUACACAAGCUAAUAUCAAAUGCUUUGUUCUAAGGAGAAUAAAACUGCUGUGAAGUGGUGGGGCUUCCUGGGUGAUGAAGAAGAGCUCAGCUCUGACGGUAUCAGUACAGUAACAUAUUUACAAGGCAAGCUUACGGUAGCCGCCUGCAGAGUCAGGUGCACAAGGGCUGUCUGUGCCGGAGAGCAGAAUGAUGCAGAGGUGGUAGACCUGGAGCUCACUGCA